UGAAAAACAAAUCUUGGUCAAUGUAUACGUUCCUAGAUUGAGAUAGAGAACAAACCUUGGUCACUAUUUUACUCAGAUUUGACACAUUUUCAAGCAGAGACUACCUAUAUAAGCAUGUAUAGGCAAACACAAACAUCACCGUACAAAAUCAAGAGGCAAGAGGGUAGCUUAAAAAUUGAGAAAAAAAUAAUAUUAUUAGCACACACAAGAAAAUUUAACCAUGGAGGACCACCACAAGGGGAAGCAUGGCAAGGAUCAGGAGAAGGCAAGGGAGGAAGUACGUUACCGAGGUGUCCGGCGACGGCCGUGGGGAAAGUACGCGGCGGAGAUAAGAGAUCCCUCGAAGCAAGGGACAAGGCUCUGGCUCGGGACGUUUGACACGGCUGAAGAAGCAGCUAGAGCUUAUGAUCGUGCAGCUUUUAACUUAAGGGGCCAUCUUGCAAUCCUCAAUUUCCCAAGUGAGUACUAUUCAAAAAUAAGGGGCUCACCACCAUAUCCACCUCACUUAGCAUCAUCUUCUUCCUCUUCUCAUGCCAUGGCAAGUGGAAGUUCUCCUGGUGCACCUCAGAGGCAUGUUUUUGAGUUCGAGUGUUUGGAUGAUAAGGUGUUGGAGGAACUUCUUGAGUCAGAGGAGCAGAAGAAGAAAAAGAAGUGAGGAGAAUAUUAUUGAGUGCUGAAUCAUUUCUCUUCAUUUUCACUCUUUCUUUUCCUUUUGGUUUCACCUUUUACUACUAAGCUUAUCAUAAGAUCCCAAAACAUAUUUAUCCUCAGUUAUAAAUUAUCAGUGUUUGUCAAAG